AAGUAAUAAUUUGUUUAUUUCAUUUACAGUUAAAGUGUUAAAUAUUGUUAAAAGUUUUUAUCGUCUUUACAAACUCGGCAAAUGGGUACGUGCAAGAAAACCGGAAGUAAAUCAGACUGACCUGGGAGUUCCAUCCAGGUCAAGGUGUACAGUGCAUGCAGGACAGAACUUGAUUGCAGUUCCUCUUCGAAUACCCACCUCUUUUACUCACCUGUACGACUGUAUUUCAUCUCAAAAGACAAAAUGGCAAGUGGAAGGCGUUUCUUUGUUGGUGGAAACCACAAGAUGAAUGGAAACAAGGCGUCGAUCGAUGGAAAUUUGAAAAUAUUGGAAGAAGCACAGAUUCCUGGAAACACCGAUGUUGUCGUUGCCCCGCCUACCGUCUACCUCUCGUACAUGAAUGCCAAGAUCCCAACAGGAGUGAGUGUCGCUGCACAGAACUGCUACAAGGUACCCAAGGGAGCCUUCACUGCGGAGACGUCUCCGGCUAUGCUGCAGGAUCUAGGGGUAGCGUGGGUGAUCUUGGGACACUCGGAGAGAAGGCAUGUCUUCGGAGAGACAGAUGAGUUGAUUGCUGAGAAGGUUGCUCACGCCCUUAGCUGUAAACUCAAGGUGAUAGCUUGCAUUGGAGAGAAGCUAGAUGAGAGAGAAAACGGCCAGACCAAUGAAGUUGUCUUCCGUCAGAUGAAAGCUUUAGCCGAUGUGAUCACUGAUUGGAGCAACGUCGUCAUUGCUUACGAACCUGUGUGGGCCAUUGGGACCGGUAAGACAGCCACGCCACAGCAAGCGCAGGAGGUCCAUCUGAACCUGCGCUCAUGGCUAACGAAGAAUGUGUCUGCAUCGGUAGCUGCCAACACACGGAUUGUGUAUGGAGGUUCUGUAAAUGCUGGUAAUUGCUGUGAUAUAGGACAACAAGCUGAUGUGGACGGCUUCCUUGUCGGCGGAGCAUCAUUGAAACCCGAGUUUGCACAGAUUAUCGCUGCCGGGAGGGCGUAAUGCUGUCGUCAUACACUAUCAAUAUUAUAGUGCAUGAUAGUAUAGAUUAUAUUGUUACAUUUUAUAGGUACUUGGAAAUUCCCUUGUGAGCAUUGCAAUAAAAUGAGAUUUGAAUUCAUAUCUACAGUUAAGCUCACUCAAAUAAUAUCCUUGUGGAUAUAAAGAUGCUAUUUUGCAAAAUGGAUUUUUCGCAAACCAACUCUGUUAAAAAUUCCCAGUAUUUGGUUAGGAAGUAAGUUGAUAACCGGGUAGGUGUUUUAUAAAGCUGUUCGUAAGUUAAGAGCGACUUUACGAACAACUGGUGAUCCUUUCUUGUGGUAAAAAUAUACACACCUGACUUUCAUUGGUCUCGAUUUAGUUCCUAAGAAAAGGUCACCAGCCGUUCGUAAAGUCGCUUGUAAGUUACAAAGAGCUUUAUGAAACACGUAGCAGGAUAUCAUGUGACUGAAAUGUUUAUGGUAUUGAGUCUGAUGAUAAUAGUAAUGCUAUUAGUGUGACCCGAUGUGAUUUAGCCCACUUUAUGGUAUAACGAGCUAUUUCAUGGUGAUUUGCUACAUACCACCGAUAGUGCUACUUUUGAUCUGCUGCCAAUGUUGUGGGAAAUGGGCCCAGCCAUCAUUCAAAUUUUCAUGAAUAUGACCAGGGGAGCGUUUCAUGAAAGGACUUGUCGGACGUUUUAUCUGACAAGUCCCACUUUAUCCGACAGUUACCAUAGUAACAGUACCUCUCAGCCAAUCAACAUCAGAGAAAGAUGUCAGAUCUGACAACUUGUCGGAUGAAAAUGUUGAUGAAACACUCCCCAGGCUUUCCUCUUUCACACAUGCUGCUUUGAUGACAAUCAUUCAUAUUUCUAUAUACUGCCCUCUAUUUUUGAGAAUAGUGUAAUGCAUUGUUUAAAUGUCCCACAAUACAGCAUCAGCAGUUUGAUACUUGCCUGAGGAUUUUUCACUCGGAAUUAAAAAAAAAUUAAUUCAACCAGAAUUGUAUUUAGUAGAGUGAUAUCAGUAGAGAACACCUCUCACUCAUCAAAUUCAAACUUGUUUAUUUUAAUUUCCAAUAAAAUAAAAUAAAAUGAAAUGAAAUGAAAUAAAAUGUUAGUACAAUAAACAAUGCCAUUUGCAUAUAAUGAUAAAAUCAUACAAACAAUAUCAAUCAAGUUGUGUAUGUAUUAGUCUCUUCAUGGAUGGAACCUGGGAUAGUUCUCUCCUCUGAUUUUAGUGCAGAGGAAACUUUUCAGAUCAGUGUGGUUGACCUUUGACCUCUUAGCCUCAGCUUGUACAGGAGACGCUUUACAUGUUGAUACAUGUGGCACCACCAUUGCUCUAUAAUCCACUCUGACAUUGGGCCACUGUUGAAAUAUCAGUAUUAUCCAGGCCUUAAAUUUCAAUAUUUCUAGGAAAAGUUCACUCUUUUUAUAUUGGGUACAUAUAUAACAGCACAAAGGGGACACAAUAAAAAAAAAAGGACACAAGAAAUAUCCAUGCCAAUGAGAGGAAAAUUUAGGCCAGCCUGUGAUGACAAUUGUGAGAAAAAGAUAUAUACUUAAUUAUUAUCAUACUGACAUACUCCUUGCAUUUGAUCAGAAAAUUGUUCCAGGUUUUGAUAUAAUCUCUUGAAAAGACCUUGUUUGCUGGCUGAGAAUUUUAAUAUUCCACCGUCCAUAUUCUGUAUGUCAAUCAGACAUGGUUCAGAGUGAUAUUGAAAAGCUACUGAAAUGAAUACAUUUUAUGGUAAAGGAUCAUGAUUGAUUCAGUUACAUAUUUGUGGCUGUUUUCACAACUCAAGUUUGUGAAAGGGUGUUACGAUGUCUUAUUAUCAAAAAGGUUAUUUUGAAAAGUUAGACUUGCGAAACAGUGCUAUGUGGCUCUGUUGUGCUGAAGUCUUUAUGUCCUUAAACAAUUUAUAUAUUGCUUGAAAGAUCAUUUAUCAUGAGUUUGUGUUUUGGUGUUGUGUAGUGUAUCUGCAAAGCAGUGAUAGAACAAUGUUUGAAUACUAAUUGGGCAAACCCAGCUGGGAAAGACCAGACAAUCAGAGAGAUAAAAGCAAUUGAUACCACCCGUCAUAUUUGAAUAACUCUUCUACACCCAAGUUUAAAUCCACCUUGGAAAGGAAACAUAGCUAUUUAAAAAGUAUUUUGAAUGGGUUGGUGCUACGAUUGCCAGCAUUUUUUUUCCUUGCCUUUUCUGUCUUCUUUAAAGAGUGCAUAGUGACUAAUUUGGCAGUGAUAUGGCAGCUAUAUAAAGUAUGUUGGUAUUAUUAUUAAUGGUGUUUUGAAAGUUUCCGUUGGUAAAGACAGGUGAGGUUUUCAAAUCAUUCAAUAAUCAGAGUUAUCCCAGUCCACGAAUGAAUUUGUCUUUGCCAGAAAGUGGAGCCAUGUUCAGGAAUAACUCAAUAAUUCAGGAUUUGAAUAAUACAAAAAUAUUAUUUAAAGUAAGCUAGUACUGCAAAAAUCAUUUGAUGAUUUGAAUUCUUAUUGGACCAUAAUAUUGUUAAGUCAUGGAGCUACUAUCUGAUAGUAGCUCCAUGAUUAAGUGUUAAGUUUCCAGUAAAUCGUGUAUCAAAUAUAAUACCAUACUCUCCAAGGUCUAUCUUAUACAAUUAUUGUAAAUGCUGUGAAUCCAAAAAAGGCCAUAGUCUUGGCUGCCCAAUUGUCAUAUUAUGUAAUAUGGUUUGCAUUAUGUUUCGAAAUUCCGUUUGGGGUUAAGUUCAUAAAAGGCUUUGUGAUCGCAUGUAUGCUAAGUUAACAGCAUGGAAUAGUGCCAGAAGGUAGUAACUUUGUGUUUGAUAAUGUCGUGUUUGAUUGCCAAACCCUUAGCUAUGACCCUUUUCCACUUUUUAAUAGCUGUAAAUAUAAUCUAGUGACUUUUGAAAGUACAUCCGACAGACGGGAAGCUUUAUACGAGACCUAAGAAAGGCUCGACUUGGAGGGAAUGGAUUAUUUCUGUGUCUGGUUUCAGCGUAUCCUUGCCUGAAUAAAAUCAACCAUAGUGUUUAUUAUCAAUAUAA